GCCCGGCCGUGGCGGAGGCGCGCGCGGCGCUGGCGGCGCUGCAGCCGCCGCCUGAGAUCGCGGCCUUCCAGGCCGCCAAGGAGGUGUUUGAUGAGGUGGCGCGCCACCACCCCAUCCUGAGGGGCGUCCUGGAGACACUCAUAGGGGAGAUCGGCAGCAAGUUCAUGACUCACCCGCGGGAGCGGCUGCUGGCCGUCGUGACGGCCCUGCUGACGCGCUGCUACAAGAUGCACAUGUCAGGCGUCGCGGCCGUCAACGAUACACUCACGCGGGAGCUCUCAGGCGUCUGCAAGGCCUGCUUCAGCAGCGACGCUGGCGGCAAGGCGCGCGGCGUGCACAUCGAGCCCAACGUGCGGGAGGCGUUUGUGCGCGACCUCAACCCGGAGGCCCCCACGUUCCCCAAAAAUCUGGGCGACCUCACAAACCGCCUCAAGGCCUGGAGGAACAAACUGCAGGUGCUGGCUCCUGAGUCGGCCUUGAAGCCGCCCGUCCUGCUUGGCCCCGCCCUCGUGUCUCUGUGA